AAUCACGGGGGCAUCGUGGGCCUUUUAUGGUAUGGGUUUGGCCCCACUGCAAAUGGAUCCUCCAUUUUCUGACCCGUUAGAUUUCUCCCCGAACCGGAUCCAAGGCACGCAGAACACGACAGCCGCAGAAGAGUGAACUUUCGUUCAAUUAUCGCGCUCUCUAAGACGCCAUCAGCUCGUUCCUGGCGGGAAAGAGGAGGGGAGGCGACGCCGGAGCGGGAACAUGGGAUCCGAAACUCCGCUUCCGAAAUGGGCUUCGAAACCUUGCAUCAUGGGCAUCGACGAAGCUGGCCGGGGCCCUGUUCUGGGUCCCAUGGUGUACGGGUGCUUGUACUGUGCUCAAUCGUAUCAGAAGACGCUCUCCACGCUGAACUUCGCAGAUUCGAAGACAUUAAAAGAAGAGAAGAGGGAGGAAUUAUUUGAAAAUCUAAAGGCUGAUGAAUCAAUUGGCUGGGCUGUUGAUGUCAUAGACCCACGAGAGCUUUCAUCUAAAAUGCUAAGGAAAAAUAAAAUCAAUCUCAAUGAAAUAUCACAUGACUCUGCAAUAGGACUCGUCUCCAGGGUGCUCAAUAUGGGCGUUCUUCUAACUGAGGUUUAUGUGGACACAGUUGGAGAUGCUGAAAAAUAUAGAGUAAAGCUUUCUGAAAGAUUUCAAGGGGUCAAAUUUGUGGUUGCAAAGAAGGCCGAUAGUCUUUAUCCAGUUGUUAGUGGAGCAAGCAUAGUCGCAAAAGUCACGCGAGACAGAGCCUUGCACGGAUGGGUCCUUGAGGAAACAGCUGAAAACAUGCACAAGGAGUUUGGUUCCGGAUAUCCUGGAGACCCCGAAACGAAGGCAUGGUUGGAACAACACAAACACGCGGUUUUUGGGUUCCCAAGUCUCGUCCGCUUCAGUUGGGGUACAUGCACGGCAUACUACAAGAACUUUGUUGAAGUCGUGUGGGAAUCUGAUCAGUUGGAUGAAGAUAAUUUCGACGGAAGUAGUGGCAAGAAACAGGUGAAGCUGAGCAGUCUCGGCUUUACAUCGAAGAGGAAGAUAGAAGAGACAGAAUCAAGUGGCAGAGGUCGCUGCAAAUUCUUUCAAAGCCGGAAACUCCAGCAACUCACUCACUUCUGAGAAAGGCUGGUGACUAUCGCGAGGACAAUGGAGGUUCCUUUGUUUAGAUGUGCUUAUUUUUCAGCGGCGAGUCAACUUAAAGAGUAAGAAAGCAUUGUUUCCUAAACUAUGCGUUCUCUCUUGCAGCAAGGUGUGGUUCCUCGUCAAGAUUCAUAAAUCCGGAAGCUUGACUCGUUGCGCCGAGAAUGAAUUCUCCAGGGGAUCCUUAUUCAACUGUAGCUUAAAGGGUCAAUUCUCUUCAUGGAAGUUCAAGAGAUUAGCAUUCUAAGCUGAAAACCAAUUUGCCUCGAAGAGGAACAGGCGGUGUAACACUUAUGAUUGGAUCUCCAGGAGACCUAGUGUUCAACAGUGUCCUGAACAUAAUAACGGUUGUGGUUGUUGUAUUGGGAUUGAGUUUUUGAUGGAAUUGAGCGCUGCUUUCUUUCUGCAGCUUCCACUUUGGAACUUGAUUGUAGGACAUCGACUUUCUCAAAAAAUUUGAUCCUUAUGGCUUCUUCAUUUGGCUGACAA